CAAGUUUCUGUUUUUGUAAACGAGCUUGGGGAGCUCAUGUCUCGGAGCUAUUCAUCCUGUCCUUUCUGCCUUCUGCCUUCUGCCAUCUGCCAACUAGGUUUGGUUUAUUACUCUCCCUGGAGAGUUCAACUUGCAUUGGCCCCAGAUGUUCUUCUCCCCAUGUACAAGCUGCUGGAACGUCAGCUCUUGGUUCAUUCACACUGGACCGAGUUGUACCAGCCUGACCACCUUCAGCCAGCUUUCUCGCUCUCUCGAAUCUGCGCCGUGGCCCCAUUCCGCAGGAUGAGACGCACCACGUCUUCCUUGCAUGCUAGGAUUCACAACAACACUCGUCGUUUCCCCUAGAAGAAAAUGACGGUUGCCGCUCUCGCUAGUGGCUCUGCAGCCUUAUCUGAUGCUGUUUCGAGUGUCAUGGCGAGUUCUACCACCACAGCCGCGUCUGUACUCGCUCGGACACAGCAUGUCGCGCACACUGAGACAUCGUCGUGGCUUGGUAUUAUAGCGAGGCUUCUUCUAUCCAUACUUCACAUUCUCUCGUCGAUUUUGUAUUGGAGUUUGAAGCUCACAACCAUAUCUGUGCCGACGCUAUUGUUCACUUUCUUCUCAACAAGCCUGACUGUGACAAUGAACGCUACAACCUUGGCCCUCAUACUCUUCCUCAUGUUCUCCGGUGUCACGUGGGUUGUGCGGUACCGAUAUCUCAACAUGUAUUCACGUCUCCCCCCUGAGCCUCAGCGCAAGGAACCGGAGUUGGAUCCUUUCGCAGGUACCCAUGAGGAAGGUGUCAAAGCUGGACUGUCCAACUACGUGGAUGAGUUUCUUGAUGCUAUCAAAAUCUUUGGUUACUUGGAACGACCGGUAUUCCAUGAGCUCACUCGUAGUAUGCAAACUCGAAAGCUUAUCUCAGGCGAGACCCUGAACCUUGAAGAUGAAAAAGGAUUUUGCUUCGUUGUCGAUGGCCUAGUAGAAAUAUUCGUGAAGUCUUCGCAGCACAGUCUGAUGUCGACUUCAAAUGUGGGUCUGAGCUCGUCAUUAGAGUCUUCAUUUAGCGAGGAAGAGGACAGCCCAGCGCCUGGUCAACAACGGUACCAACUUCUUACGGAAGUUCGAAACGGGAAUCCAAUGUCAUCUCUAUUCUCAAUCAUGUCGUUAUUCACAGAAGAUGUUCGUCUCGAGGUACCGUCAGAAGAAACCCCGGAACCUAUUCUGAUGAAUCGGGUCACCAGACCUCGGAUGCCGUCUGACCCAAGUACUCCCCACGACAAUACCACUCCGUUUCUGGAUCAGCCGGGCGCUGCCUACACAGAAUUAGACCGCCUAUCCACUGCAAAUGAAGCGGACACCAUCAGACCAAUUCCUCAUGAGACCUCUCUCCCACGGAUUCCUCCUAUUUCACUAGAUGAGCCUCCUAUGCCGCCGCGCCCUAAGCGCCCCUCUGCCAAGAGAAUACCCACGUCCGUCCAUCCAGACAUCAUUGCGAGAGCGACAAUUGACACCACUAUUGCAAUCAUACCGGCUAGCGCCUUCCGGCGCUUGAUCAAAGUAUAUCCUAAGGCGACAGCACACAUUGUGCAUGUCAUCCUGUCUAGAUUCCAGCGUGUUACUCUCGCUACGGCCUACGAUUAUCUUGGGUUGACAAACGAAGUGCUUCAGACGGAGAAAAGCAUGAUGAAGUUUACAACUUCACAGUUGCCAAAUAUCCUUCGGGGUGAUGCGCUAGAACGACUCAAAGAGAAGUUUAGCCAAGAACGAGAGAGGGCACGUGAGGGGGAGUUUGGCAAAGGGAUUGCUUUGCAUAAUGCAUCGAGCGCAGGACAUCGCCGUAGAUCUUCCACGAGCUUGCGAAAAGAAGCUGCGUUACAGGCCAUGUCUCGGGCUCGGCCACAGACUGUUGUUGCAUCCACUAUCAUUUCUCCACAAGAAAGACGCUCAAUACACACCCCCAGUCCUGGUGACCUCCUGGCUAAUAUCCAGAUGGCUCGCAGUGGUGGUGUUAUUUCUCCUGGGUUGCUUGAGAUCCCUUUGACACAGCCCUGGCAAUCGUCCGAUCUCCUAGGAACAGAUGCGGACAGCCCUUUAGCACAAAGAAGUGUAAAUCCCUUCGCGACCCAAAAGCGGGCUCGAUUAUCUAUUAACCCUCGGGAAUCUGUUGACGAAGAUAAUCUUUUCCGUCUUUCCAUUCUCGAGUGCGUGUUUAAAACCCUAGGCAUGGAAGCUAGCGGUACAUCGUCAAGGGGCCAGGAAUCCGUUGAAGGCUCUCCCCGAUUCGUGACGUUUGACGCUAGAAGGCAGAAGACUACUUAUAAUAACAGCGCCUUUGGAUUUAUGUCCGCUUUGGAGGGUUCCACAGAUUGGGAUUCUGAGUCAAUGACAUCUGGCGGACUCUCAAUGAACGCAACCCCAAGCGUACAAGCUCUGGCUUCGGAAAUGAAACAAGAGGUUGAGAUAGUGUUCUUCAACCAAGGUUCUGUUCUUGUUGAGCAAGGAGAAAGAAGCCCGGGAUUAUACUACGUGAUAGACGGGUUCCUUGAUAUCUGCGUUCCCUCCGAUGACCCUGGCAGCGAAAUUCUGAGCUCAUCAAGUAGAACUUCGGUCAAUGCGAUGUAUCAAGCCGAUGCACCUGCUAGAGCUCUUCGAAACCCAUCCAACUUUGGCUUAUCGGAUGACUCGCAUAAUCCUCGAACCGAUAAUAAAGGAUCAGCACAUGCCCGGCGUCGUGUGGGUUUGGUCAAGCCCGGUGGAAUUGCAGGUUAUAUUAGCACGGUGUCAUCAUAUCGGUCGUUUAUUGACGUCGUGGCCAAAACUGAUGUCUAUGUUGGUUUUAUCCCACGGACGACUCUCGAGAAGAUUGUCGAGAAGUACCCCAUAGUUCUUUUAUCAAUGGCGAAGCGAUUAACAAGCUUACUUCCACGCUUAUUGCUUCAUAUCGAUUUUGCCCUUGAGUGGGUUCAAGUCGAUGCAGGUCAAGUCAUUUUUAAGAAGGAUGAAGAGAGUGAGGCUAUCUAUCUUGUUCUCAAUGGGCGUCUACGACUAGUGGAAGAUAGGCGCGACGGUGGCAUGAAUGUCCGGGCGGAGUUUGGACAAGGUGACAGUGUCGGUGAGCUGGAAGUCAUGACUGAGUCAGCCCGUUCCGGAACGCUGCAUGCAAUACGCGAUACGGAGCUCGUCAAAUUCCCGCGCACUCUCUUCAACAGUCUUGCUCAAGAGCAUCCCAACAUCACUAUAAAAAUUUCAAAGAUUAUUGCGUCGAGAAUGCGGCACAUCGUUGAUAAUCCCAGCACCUAUGCAAGAACAGACGCCACAGCGGGUACUUCGAUUAACAAAAGUUCAUCAACCCUCAACAUUCGAACAGUAGCUGUCCUCCCUAUCAGGUCUGGAGUUCCUGUUGUCGAAUUUGGAAAUCGUCUCAUGCAUGCCCUCUCACAAGUUGGUAACUUGAAUGACGCUACGUCUCUUAAUCAGUCUGCAAUUCUCAGUCAUCUAGGCAAGCAUGCUUUUAACAAGAUGGGGAAGCUGAAACUAUCACAAUAUCUUGCCGAUUUAGAAGAAAAAUAUGGCCUAGUAGUUUACGUGGCUGAUACAAGUGUUGCCGCUCCUUGGACACGAACAUGCAUCACUCAGGCAGAUUGUAUUCUACUAGUAGGUUUGGCAGAGAGCUCUCCUGAAAUUGGCGAAUAUGAAAGAUUCAUGCUUGGGACAAAAUCAACUGCUCGAAAAUCUCUCGUUCUCCUGCAUGCCGAUCGUGACUCUAAACCGGGUUUGACUAGAUCCUGGCUGAAAAAUCGGGUUUGGAUCAAUGGUGGCCACUAUCACAUGCAAAUGUCUUUUGGUGCAACUGCCGUGCCAGUCCAUCCGCCAGCUCCAGCUAAAAAAGGCGGCCCAACACUGAAAGAACGUGUUCAGAUCUUGCAAGCCGAAAUACAAAAGUAUACCACCCGAAGAAUUCGUCAACGACCAUACUAUUCUCCCGAUACGGCCUUCAAAGGUGAUUUUCAGAGACUAGCCCGAAGGCUCUGUGGCAAGUCUAUUGGUCUUGUUCUUGGUGGAGGUGGUGCCCGAGGCAUUGCACAUAUUGGCGUAAUCAAAGCUAUUGAAGAAGCAGGAAUUCCCAUUGAUAUUAUCGGUGGCACAUCAAUAGGUGCUUUUAUGGGAGGGCUUUAUGCCCGCCAUGCCGAUAUUGUGCCCAUGUAUGGCCUAGCCAAGAAAUUUGCCGGGAGGAUGUCGAGCAUGUGGCGUUUUGCCCUCGACCUAACCUACCCCUCUGCCUCAUAUACCACGGGUCAUGAGUUCAAUCGAGGAAUUUUCAAGACGUUUGGCUCACAUCAGAUCGAAGACUUUUGGCUCGAGUUCUAUUGCAACACCACCAACAUAAGCAAGAGUCGGGCCGAGAUACACACAAGCGGUUAUGCGUGGCGCUAUGUUCGUGCGUCUAUGUCUUUGGCCGGGUUGUUGCCGCCGCUAUGCGAUGAGGGCAGCAUGCUACUGGAUGGAGGUUAUAUUGAUAAUUUGACCGUAUCGCACAUGAAAUCACUAGGGGCGGAUGUUAUUUUUGCGGUCGACGUCGGUUCUCUUGACGAUGACACGCCGCAAGGCUAUGGAGACACGCUUUCAGGCAUGUGGGCAUUCUUCAACAGAUGGAACCCACUCUCGUCAACACCCAACCCUCCAACUCUAGCUGAGAUACAGGGUCGACUGGCCUAUGUCUCUAGCGUUGAUGCACUUGAAAGAGCCAAGACACUGCCAGGAUGUAUAUAUAUGCGUCCCCCUAUUGAUGAUUAUGGGACAUUGGACUUUGGCAAGUUUGAUGAGAUCUACGAGAGGAGCUUCAAAUACGGACAAGAUUUCCUCGCGCGUCUGAAGGAGCAGGGUGUGUUACCUUUAGUAGAAGAAAUAGAAGCUAAGAAGGCUCUCCGGAGGACAAUGGCACCUCGCCGCGCAAGUAUUUGAGUAUAAUACUUGAUUAGCUAGCUUAAUUGGAUGGAUUCCCACCGCCUAAAUCAUGAGUGUUACUGCUUUACAUCCCAUUCACAGGCCCUUGGCUAGUAAGUUUUCUUAUAUUGUAUAGGGUAUGUAAAUACAAAAAACAUUAGGUGAAAGCAUCAGAUAGAAUCGAACCACUAGUGCUUGACAAUAGGGGCAGACAACUAAAAGCCUACAGGCUUGUUGAUCUGUUGGAACGAUUUUCAAUACACAGCAUUGCGUGGUGCUACACAGUUAGGCUAAGGGAAUACUUCAAGAUGAGAGGCAAAAUUUGAACAUGAAGGUCUUUUCUUUGUAAGAAUCUGCGGGUUCGUUCAUGCUAGGCCCGUACAUUCCUAUUUCGCUCUCCCUGUGCGCUUCGCCAUUGCUUUGAGUCUUGUUAAACGGUCAUUCACGUGCAUUUACCGCUUUCCUAUUGUGAACUUUUCGUCCC